GUGGAUGCGAAAAGACUGCCAAUGCCACCUUGUUCAAAUCCUGAUCGCGUUUCGCUCGCAAAAUUCUCCAGUCCGGAGUUGUGUGCUCGCUUCUCUUCGAUUGUGACUUCUGGUUCCUUUUUUUCCUUUGCUUGUUCCGACAAAUGAACAAUCCUCCCACCUGAUGCGGAGAAUUGACGAUGAGAUUCGCGGAAGAGGUAGGUUCGAUAAGCAAAUCGACGCUCAAGGAUCCUCAAGGUCGACGAUAGACGUGCAGGAUCAAGUUCGACUCCACUGCAGAAAAGAGGUCAGGAAAGAGGUCGAGAUGCUUAAUCUGAAUUCCCCACGGUCACCCACCAGAAACUCGAAUUGUGUGGGAACUUCUCACUAUCCGCACGUUGUCAAAACAGUCAAUGGUUCUGAUCCACCAGGGAGGCGGCGUGUAAGUGGGUCUAACACAAUCAGCAGUGCUAGAGGGAAAUUUCGCUAGCCAAUUUUUGCUUCGCGUCAACAAUGCGCGC